CCCACGGAGCGUUAUUUCUACCUGACGAGGAGAAACGGCAGUCGAGCUGUGAGUCAGAGCUUCGCUUUGUGUUUUCGUCGUAAGAGGCGACUCGAUGAGGUCGCUCUGGGUUAUCAGAGCAGAGCGGGAGUCACUGCGAGGAAGGAGGACGGUUCGUGAGAACCCGGACCAAAACGUAGGGACGGAGCAAGAGAGCGCUGCGUUAGGGAGAAGUUAGGCGAGCAGAACAGGGUCAGCAUUGUUUGUCGUCUACACUUCCUGUGGCGACGCGCUCGUUACUGUAUUCAGGCUAAAGGCAAUGGCUCAACAGACGAACCAGAGCCAGGUCCCCAUGCUCUGUGCCAUGGGCUGUGGUUUCUACGGCAACCCCAGAACCAAUGGGAUGUGCUCUGUUUGCUACAAGGAGCACCUGACGCGACAGCAGAGCAGCGACCGCAUGAGCCCCAUGAGCCCGAUGGGCUCCACUGCUAGUCCUACCUCAGAGGCCUCGGCCAUCCAGAGACUAGAAGCCAGUCUAGCUAAGGUCGACGCCUCCCCUGCCUCCUCACCAGACAUGUCUAGCAGGACCGUUCAAGGAUCUCUUCCUGUAACCCAGCAGAUGACAGAGAUGAGCAUCUCCAGAGAGGAUAAGCCUGAACUCCUAGAGCCCGUUGUAAGCCAGCCUGCUGCUUCUAGUCCUUCUCCUGUAGCUUCGCCCAGCACUGAAGAAGGCAAGGGGGAGACCCCCAAACCCAAGAAAAACCGCUGCUUCAUGUGCCGUAAAAGAGUGGGCCUUACAGGGUUUGACUGUCGCUGCGGCAACCUGUUCUGCGGCAUCCAUCGAUACUCCGACAAGCACAACUGUCCCUAUGAUUACAAGGCCGAGGCCGCUGCCAAGAUCCGUAAAGAAAACCCUGUGGUUGUUGCUGACAAGAUCCAGAGAAUAUAGAUUUUUUUAAUCUUUUUUUUUUUUUUUUUUUUGAAACAGCGUUUGAAAUGAGAAAACACCUUGAGAAAGACUGGAGUAUGAGUGAAAACCUUUGACAUGAGUUUGAGCGGCUAAAUCGAAAAAGACUUGAUUUGAUGAAAAAGAAGAUGUGGAAAAGACCUUUUCCCGAGGAAGAUGCAUGAACGAUCACUUUUUUUUUCCUGCUUUUGAUUAAUUCAUUAGAUUGUUUUAAUCCUGUUUUCUGUGGUUUGAAUUUGCCGCUUUUUCUUCUUUUUCUUCUUUCUUUUUUUUAAAGAGUAUGUGUUUUAUUAGGAGCAGACCAGGCACAAUGUCCAGGAUAUGCCGUACCAGGUUGUCAUUUUUGUGCCAAACAGCCAUUUUUAUUAAACCCUCAAAGCAUUCUAAUUACACAGAAAGAAUCUGCACGCCUUGUCCUUCGAUCCUAAGAAAACUUCAGCGUCACUCAUCUUGAACAGGAGGAUUUUUUUUUUAUUUUUACCUUGAACCUCCUAGCUUUACCUACCUCAGAGCUGCUGUGUUGUCUUCCCUUCUAUCUCAUAUUCACGCUCACCGACCCACCAAUCGGCUCGCCUGUCUUGUAUUUCCUGGUUUGGUCGCUUUUUUCCUUUCGCACCCAGAGGGAUGGCGGCAGAAUUUCCUCCAUUUUUCACCAACGAACCCGACGUUAUUAAAGGUGGUCCCAGCUCUGAUUGUAAUCGAUCGCCUGGCGCAUGGCCGUGAGCGCUAAUGAGUGGCCUGGGGCUGGACGCUGCCCCCCCCCCUCUCCCCGUUCCCGAUGAGCCUGGUGGGGGAAUUUAUGCAGCAGAUGUAAGGAGCAUAAAUGAAUGAGAUGAAUGCUCUUUAUCUGCAUUAGUGUUUAAGAAACAUCACUCGCCUUAGGGUUUUGGCUGUUUUUAUUUCCAGACAGACAAUUUCUUUCCCCCCCCUGAUGUUUUUAUUAUUAUUUUCUUCUUUUUUUUUCUUCCAUUGUACUGACGCAUGGACUUGUUGCAUUUGUGGGUUUUAUUUUUUAUCUUUAUUUUUUUUCCUUAUGCGCUAACACAAAAAGUCAUGUGAGCACAGUGUGUGUUAGUACGUGAGCACCCCCCCUCUACCCAUCUCUAGCUGUGGAGCUACCCGGUUUAUUAGCACAUGUUUACAGACGUCCAGGAGCAUGUCGGAGCUAGAUUUAUAUGAAAAAAAAAACCCUAAUAAAUAGAAACUGAGAUUAGAUGUAACUUCUCAUCUGUUCAGCGGUCUAUACAGCGCGUGUGUGCAUUUGUGCGUGUGCAUGAGCGCAUCCCUGUGCAAAAAAAAGUGUUUUCAUGGCUGCCUGACACAUGUAUGUUUGUGACUUAUCCCCCCCUCCCCAAAAAAAAAACCCUGUGAGGAUGUUUUCUUCAUUGAAAUAACUGUCUUGAUUUUUGUUUCUUUUUCAAACUCUUAGUUAUAUGCAAAUUUGUACAAAAAAGUGGGAAAAAAACAACAAUGUGUUGAUAUUUAUGUAUUGCAUAUAAUCUUGCUAUCCAGCAUUACAACAGAAUAGUAUCAUGUAAAUAAAACUGUACAGAGAGACAUAA